AGCCGGGAGAUCUUACUUCCCGUAGGUGGUAAUUUUGUAAUCACCCUUGUAUCCAAAAAUCUGAGCUGGCUGCAGUUAACGGCGGCGUUAAGGUCUCGUUAGUUGCAGCUUGCACUCGGCCAUCAAGCAAAGGCUAAUAGUAGAACGCCUAAUUAAAUAAUAUUCGGGCAGUAUCUGGGCGUACAUCUACUCGCUCGUCGCUCAUCGUUCGGUGGCCAUCAUGUCUCCCGGCGCAGCGUCUGAGAAGAAUGGCACUAGUGUUCCUGCCAAGCCACUUAACGAACUGUUCUGCUCGCUUCCGACUACGAUUUUCGAGGUCAUGAGCAAGCUUGCUAUGGAACACAACUCCGUCAAUUUGGGUCAGGGCUUCCCAGACGCUGAGGGUCCCGAGACCAUGAAACGCAUUGCGUCCUCCACAAUGUACGACUUCCAUAACCAGUACCCCUCGUUGCUGGGGGUUCCGGAGCUAAGGCAAGCCGUUGCGAGGCACAGCGAGGCCAACCAGGGCAUUCCCGUGGACUGGGCCACUGAGACGUUGGUGACGGUUGGCGCCACGGAGGGGCUGGCGGCGUGCUUUCUGGGCCUUAUCAACCCGGGGGACGAGGUCAUCAUGUUUGACCCGAUGUACGACAGCUACGUUUCCAUGGCUCGCCGAGCUGGCGCCGUUAUCGUGCCUGUACGGUUGCGGUUGCCCGACUUUUCCGUACCGUUGGACGAGCUGGCUGCGGCGGUUACUCCCCGUACCAAGAUGAUCAUGAUUAACAGUCCUCACAACCCAAGCGGCAAGGUAUUCACCCUCACGGAGCUGGAGGCCAUUGCCGAGCUCUGCAUCCGCCACGACCUGAUCGCGCUGUGUGACGAGGUGUACGAACACCUGGUGUUUGGCGGCGCGGCGCACAUCUCGCUGCGCUCGCUGCCCGACAUGAAGAACCGCUGUAUCCGACUGGGCUCGGCGGGCAAGACCUUCUCCUUCACUGCAUGGAAGGUGGGCUGGAUGACGGGCCCGCCCCGGCUGCUGGCCCCCGUCAUCAAGGCGCACCAGUUCCUGGUCUUCACGGUGCCCUCCUCGCUGCAGCGCGCAGUGGCGCACGGGCUGGACAACGAACCCGACUUCUACCGCUCCCUGGGUCCCAGCCUGGAGGUGAAGCGGCGCUACCUGGCGGAGCAGCUGGCGGGCCUGGGAUUCGGAGUGCUGCCCUCGCAUGGAGCCUACUUCGUGAUCGCCGACGUCAGCAAAUUCCUGCGUCCUGGUGAGGACGAUGCGGCAUUCGCCAAGCGGCUAACAGUAGAGGGCGGUGUCACCACCAUCCCCGUGUCCGGCUUCUACGUCGGGCCGCAGCCGCCCACACACCUGGUGCGGUUCUGUUACUGCAAGGAGGAUGCCAAGUUGGCUGCGGCGGUGGAGCGGCUGGGGGCGUACCUGGGGCCGGGCGGAAAGGGUUGUCCGGAGGGUGCGCUGAAGACGCAAGGGUAGCUGGGCGCAUG